GCAAAAAAUACAGUUUGUAACAACAAACAUGUUUUUGCACAAACUGACAUUCCUUGUAAUACUAAAUCAACAAUAUGGGUAGCCACGCCUCUUGACCCAUAUAUGGUAAGCGUCACAUCCGGGGUCGUAGAGCAAAGGUCAUCGCUCAUUGGUCAGUUCAGCUGGUCACCCCAACACUUAGAAAAAAUUUUCAGAAGACGCCAUCGUAUCUAGAAUUCAACCAUCAAAAAGUGAAAUUUAAAUUAUCAGUGUGCUUAUUGUUUUGUCUACUUUAGACUCUAUCACGUCUAGGACAUUUAAGUUGUUCAUUUUGAGUGUUUACCGGACGGUUUAAGUGUGACAUUUCUGCGUUUGAAGCGUUCAGUGCGCGAGGUGCAGUGAUCCAGAAAUACCACAACAACAACAAUGGCGGCGGCUCUAGCUAUCUAACCGCUGUAAACACAUUCCUAUCUACGAGGGCUUCGACAUUGGUGUUUUUUCAUGAUUGACACACAGGAGAUUCUGACUCCGAGUAGACAAUUUCUUUUAGGACACAUCGUAUAACCCUUCCAAAAUGCCUCCCAAACGGAAAGCGGCCACUAACCACUCGACCAUACCUCCCCGGUCCCGUACAACAGUGACAACUGAAGUUGUUAAUGCCGGUGAAAACCAAUUUCUACCCGUACAGCCGGGGAUUCAGAGGCCAGCAACAGAGGAAACGCCCGGAAGACUCAUACCAGAGUCAGAAGUUGAGGCCAUUGUACAGAGAGCUGUCAAACAAGGAGUAGAAACUGCAUGUCGGCAGUUUUUCCCUCACCUCAAUGACAUGACAGCUGUCAUGCCAGCUACAUCACGACCACCAUCUUCUCAGGACGGCGCAACAGCAUCAACAGCUUUGCCACAAGUCAAUGAAGCUGUAGGUGAGGAAACCGUAGUUCAUAGUGCCUUAAACGUAGCAGCAACUGUGUCCCAGGUAUCCCCAGUUGAUGACACAGAUGCGAAUCCCUUUACGUCGACUGCCAUUCCACUACCAGCCUUAGUGACACAGGUGGUGAAAGAAAAGAUCUGGGCUGGCGAAUAUAUAGACAUGUCCCUUAUCGACAAAAAAGAUAAUGCCAGCUAUGAACAGGUGAUCAAAUACCAAUCGGGGGCUCCUGUGGUACAGUGGGUACCUAAACAUAAACCCAAAACCCUUUCCAUUGACCAAUGGACAAACAACUUCCACAUUUUUGCGAGUAUUUAUUGCGAAAGGAAGCCGAAAGAGUUUGCAGCACUCCUAAAAUAUGCCUCUUUGGUUCGAAAACUAGCUACAAAAGGAGCUGAUUGGCAGUAUUAUGAUAGCUCUUUUAGACGCCUUCAAGCUGCCAAUGGAGAACAGGGUUGGGACCGUGUGGAAUGGGAGCUGUGGCACGAGGCCAUUAUGCGUAGACUCGGUCAACCCUCCCAAUCAACCAAGCAGUCGGGUCCCCACCCCAAGGGUUUCUGCUUCAAAUUUCUAAAUGAUAGAAGUUGCCCUGGACCCAAUAGCGGCUGCAAGCAUUUCCACGGCUGUACCACCUGCCAAGGAAGUCAUCAUCCAAGCAACUGCCCCACACUCUCGCAUGCUCCACGUUCCCAUUUUGGAUCAAUGCAAAAUUUUCGUCCCCCACGACAGCAAUACCAACAAUAUUCUUCCAACCGAUUCCAACCAUACACCCCUAGAGCACAGGGUUUCCCCAGACAUCGUCACCCCUAUAAUCGCCGAUAG